AUGAUUUCAGCCUUGGUCAAGGAGCGGCUGUAUGACUCUGGCGUUUUGGGGGUUGCAGUCCACACGGUCGGUAAUUUAGUUAGUGUUUUGCUAAUGAAGAAGCGUUGUGCUACUACAGAUAUACCCGGAGCUCUACAUUCAUACCCGGCCUUGAUUGACUACGAGGUAGCCAAGGUAAAAUGGCAAUGCGGGGAACCGAGAUUGAGAACGGUCUACUCCGCACGGGGUGAAUGGGAAAAUCGUGGAGGUGGAGAAGCAUUCACGGCUUGGCUAGGACUGAGCGGGUCUAGCACGGACAGAGUUGAGUUCCGACUAGGUGCAAUUACAGCACAAUCUAGCUGGACGGAUAAAUCAAGCUGCAUAGAUAUUCCACCAAUCGUGACUUUUGCCGUCCCUGCCAUCUCGUGUGAUACGGUUACUAUCAGCCGCAGGAUGCACUUUCCCCCAUUCUCCACUCCAAAACUGGCAGCAGGCGCCGAGCUGGUGGAGGAGUUGGCAUGGGUUGACGCCAAGGGCACACGGAACUCGGCACCGCGUGGGAGCAUCUCUGGUCUAUUCUUUGAUAUUAUAGAUGGAAUUCUUGGGUCUGAUCUUUGGAUCGUAAUGAAUCGUGGGGGAAUUGGGAAGUAUCUUUGGGGGUUUCGAUUUAGGGGCAAUAGUUUAAGUCUAAGUUCAUUGCGGGGGUUUCCAACCGAUGGCUGGCGGUCUGUUGUGGAUUUGACAGUGAACGGAUACUACUCUGUACCUCUCGAGAGUUUCGACAGUUAA